CCGCGGUGAGGACACCAGCUGAGCUCCUUUGCCAGGCGCUCCAAUCCCUGCCCGGCCACCACUAGAGCCCCGUGACAGGAGGCAGAGAGCGCUGUCCGGCUGGUCAAGGGGGAAGGUGCCUGCUGGUCGCCCGAAAAGGCGCAGCCAUCACCCAAGCUCUUUUCCUCGAUUAUCUCAUCGUGGUGGAACAGUCCCGGCCUUAACUCCGCCGAUCCGAUCAGGAAGAGGCCAUUUUGUGAAGCGUCGUAGAGAAGGGGGGUGGCGGCUCCUGCUCCUCCCCCGCUUAGCAUUUUCCAUCCAGAGUCUUGCGGUCGAGAAAGGGGCGCUGCUGCAAUUCUCUUCCUCCGCCAGCCAAAACGGUUCACUCGCUUGUCUGACCGUGCAGAAGAGGACGAGCUUCCUGGAUCUAGAAAGUCGCCGGGAGGACAAGAUGCGUGACGACGCUGUCCCGUUCUCAGCGAGGACCUUUCCCUUUUAACCCCAUUCUUUUCCCCCUCUCUCUUCCGCCUCACAUCAACCUGCAAGGAGUAGGGGGACGGGACCUACGGGAGUCUCCCCGCCCCGGUUUCUGGGGCGAACAUGGCUGGCGAGCCCCAGAAGAAGCAGCACUUGUCGGCCUUGGUGGGCCACACCAACGGGCUCACCAAGCCCGCUUCCCUGGUCACUGUAGCCGGAGUACGGAGCGGGGCGGCCGGCUCCGGGGCUGCCGCUGCUGGCGGAGGGGCCACUUCCAAGAAAAUAGUGAUCAAGAACUUCAGAGAGAGACCCACUUUGGCUGAUAAUUACACCCGAGACACAUGGCAGAAGCUUCAUGAAGCAGUCAAAGCAAUACAGAGUAGUACCUCCAUUAAAUAUAAUCUUGAAGAACUUUAUCAAGCUGUUGAAAAUGUCUGUUCUUAUAAGGCAUCACCUACAUUGUACAGGCAGCUAAGACAAGUCUGUGAAGAUCAUGUGAAAGCACAAAUACUCCAGUUCAGAGAAGAUUCUCUUGACAGCCUUCUGUUUUUAAAGAAAAUAAACAAAUGUUGGCAAGAUCACUGCAGACAAAUGAUAAUGAUUAGAAGUAUUUUCUUAUUCUUGGAUCGUACCUACGUACUUCAGAAUCCAAUGCUACCUUCUAUAUGGGAUAUGGGACUAGAACUCUUUAGAAACCAUGUUAUUAGUGAUAAAUCAGUUCAGACUAAGACUAUUGAUGGAAUUUUACUGUUGAUUGAACGAGAACGGAAUGGUGAAGCUGUGGAUAGAAGCUUGUUACGAAGUCUGUUAAGUAUGCUGUCUGAUUUACAAGUCUACAAAGACUCCUUUGAACACAGGUUUUUGGAAGAUACAAAUCGUUUAUAUACUGCAGAAGGCCAAAGGUUAAUGCAAGAAAGAGAGAUCCCAGAAUAUCUUCAUCAUGUUAACAAACGUUUAGAAGAAGAAGCAGAUAGGGUAGUAACAUAUUUAGAUCAUAGCACACAGAAGCCACUAAUUGCUUGCGUGGAGAGGCAGCUGUUAGGAGAACACUUAGCAGCUAUUUUGCAAAAAGGAUUUGAUAAUCUGCUUGAUGAAAACAGAAUUGCAGAUCUGACCCAGAUGUGUCAGCUUUUCAACCGUGUGAAAGGUGGACAACAGCUUCUUCUGCAGUCCUGGAGUGAAUACAUCAAGAACUUUGGGACAACAAUAGUGGUAAAUCCUGAAAAAGACAAGGAUAUGGUGCAAGAGCUGCUAGAUUUUAAGGACAAAGUGGAUCAUAUCAUAGAAGUGUGUUUUCAGAAAAAUGAGAAAUGUAUAAACUUGAUGAAGGAAUCUUUUGAAACAUUUAUCAACAAAAGACCAAAUAAACCAGCAGAACUGAUAGCAAAGCAUGUGGAUUCAAAACUAAGAGCUGGCAAUAAAGAAGCAACAGAUGAAGAACUGGAAAGAAUCCUUGACAAAAUAAUGAUAAUAUUCAGAUUUAUUCAUGGUAAAGAUGUGUUUGAAGCAUUUUAUAAAAAGGAUUUGGCUAAAAGACUGCUGGUUGGAAAAAGUGCUUCAGUAGAUGCUGAGAAAUCUAUGUUAUCUAAGCUUAAGCAUGAAUGUGGUGCUGCUUUCACUAGUAAAUUGGAAGGAAUGUUUAAGGAUAUGGAACUUUCCAAAGACAUUAUGGUUCAGUUUAAACAGUACAUGCAGAACCAAAGUGAUCCAGGCAAUAUAGAUUUAACAGUAAAUAUACUUACAAUGGGAUACUGGCCUACUUAUAUACCUAUGGAUGUCCUUCUGCCUCCAGAGAUGGUUAAACUUCAAGAAAUAUUUAAAACAUUUUAUCUGGGAAAGCACAGUGGUCGAAAACUUCAGUGGCAAACCAGUUUAGGACAUGCUGUCCUGAAAGCAGAGUUUAAAGAGGGGAAGAAGGAAUUGCAGGUGUCACUUUUUCAAACAUUAGUCCUUCUGAUGUUCAAUGAAGGAGAUGAAUUCAGUUUUGAAGAAAUUAAAACAGCCACUCUUAUAGAGGAUAGUGAAUUAAAAAGAACCUUGCAGUCUUUGGCCUGUGGUAAAGCAAGAGUACUAAAUAAGUGUCCAAGAGGCAAGGAUGUAGAAGAUGGUGACAAAUUCAUCUUUAAUGGUGAUUUCAAGCAUAAGUUGUUCAGAAUAAAAAUCAACCAGAUCCAGAUGAAGGAAACCGUUGAGGAACAAGUCAGCACAACUGAAAGGGUGUUUCAGGAUAGACAAUAUCAGAUUGAUGCUGCUAUAGUACGAAUAAUGAAGAUGAGGAAGACACUUGGUCACAAUAUUCUUGUUUCAGAGUUAUAUAAUCAGCUAAAAUUUCCAGUGAAGCCUGGAGAUUUGAAAAAGCGGAUCGAAUCACUCAUAGAUAGAGACUAUAUGGAGAGAGACAAAGAUAACUCUAAUCAGUAUCACUAUGUUGCAUGAUAAGGAAGAAACUGUUUUUAUAAAACAAAGGGACAUUUAUUUCUUAACAAUGGAUACCUGUGUUGUUUCCAAACCUUAUUUUUAGCAGAUUUGGAAAUGAAGUUGGUUAAUUACUGCAUGCCCCGCAGAUACUUGAAACAUCCUUGACCAGAGUAUGUGGUGGUAUUCAAAGACAUGUUCUUUUCAGAUCUGCUUCUUGAUUUCUUUGGGAACUCUGUUCAAACUUUCUUUUGGAGUAGAAUGGUAACAUUCCUCUAUGAUGUAAUUAUUUGGCCUGAAGAGAUUAGUUGGUUGUCUGUGUUCACAUAUCAUAAAGAAUCUUAUGCUGCAUUAUUUUGUUUCAAGGAUUAUAUGGAUUUCUUUUUAAAACUCUGUUGAAGAACUAUCAGCAGUCUGAGUACACAGAAUUCUUAACUAUGCAAACAAAUUCUAAUAUUUCUAUUUGAUGUUUUUAUUUCACAUCUUUCUAAACUUUAUCCCUGUUUAGGUAGUUCAAGUGCCAAGAGGAUGACUGCAUAUAAACACUAUUAACUGAGCUUUAUAAUUAGCUCAAAUUAUUCAUUUGGUGGCUUUCUUUUUGGCUCUAUGAGAGUGAACCAGCUAAGCCCUUUCUGACUCCAGAAUAUUUCUUUGUAAGCUUUCAUGUAACACUACAGAAUAAUCUAGCUGUACACUAAGAAUUGCACAUAGGUGUAGUGUAACCUUGGAACAUUUAAAAGUAUUUUAAAAGCUUUAGGGCCCUGUUGUGAGAGUAGAGGAGACAACUGAGUCCUUUAACCAUAUCCCUCAUGUUUGGAGAACUAUGCAUAUGAAAGAACGAUACUGCUUUCCUCCUAUAUGCCCAGAACAGUUUCUGCAUGUGCUGAGGAUUGGAUUGUUCAGAUAGGUUUUUAUGUUGACAGAUUUUGAAAAUAUUUUGUUUCAUGUGGUUUAUAAGGAAGUUGACUGAAAUUUGAAGAAAAAAAAGUAUGUAAACUUGAUAAUUCUAACUGCUGGUUUUACAGGAUAUGCAAAUGACUGUAUGUUUUGAAGAAACCAAAGGAGUUUUUUUUACCUUUGAGUCAUUACUGUUAGUAAUAUCUUUAGCAGAAUGCUUUGCAUAAAACUAGUAACUUAAUUAUUAUGAACUCCCUUGUACUAUUUGACUUCUGCAAAUUAAAUUCCCUGCGUUACUGUAAGUGUUGCAUUCAUUGAAUUUUUCCUUCCAUGUUACUAUUUAACAAUCUACGAAUUGAAGCAAAUAUAAAAACUAUUCAAUAUAAACUUAUUUUAACUUUUAAUAUCUUAUACAUACUAAUUUCUUAGCCACUGUAUGAAUAUGACCAUCUAUUGGCCUGUUGUCUUUCUACCUAAUGUUAGUAAAACUGCCUCGAUGAUAACUUUGUUAAAUGUAAAAAGAUAUACAACUUAUUUACAGACAUGUAUAAAAUGGGGGAGCCUUCAUGAGGCCUUUGUAUGGGGUGUAAGUUUAAUGAUUUGAUAUUUUACAAAGUAUAUCAUCAUUUUUCUUUUC